AACAACAACAACAACAACAACAACAACAACAACAACAACAACAACAACAACAACAACAACAACAACAACAACAACAACAACAGCAACAACAACAACAACAACAACAACAACAACAACAACAACAACAACAACAACAACAACAACCACAACAACAACAACACCAACAACACCACCAACAACAACAACAACAACAACAACAACAACAACAACAACAACAACAACAACAACAACAACAACAACAACAACAACAACAACAACAACAACAACAACAACAACAACAACAACAACAACAACAACAACAACAACAACAUUAACAACAACAACAUUAACAACAACAACAACAACAACAACAACAACAACAACACAAACAACAACAACAACAACAACAACAACAACAACAACAACAACAACAACAACAACAACAACAACAACAACAACAACAACAACAACAACAACAACAACAACAACAACAACAACAACAACAACAACAACAACAACAACAACAACAACAACAACAAC